AUGGAUAAGUCGUGGAUAUCGAAAGACAGAGAUUCGUUAGAUUUUGAAAUAGGUGUUGAAGAAUUCUUGAGUUUUGCGGAAGAAAAUAGUAAAGAUCCUAAACGAAUUCGUUGUCCAUGUUGUCGAUGCGUUAAUUUCAAAAAGUUCUCAACCAAAAUAAUAAGGGGACAUAUCUAUGAUUAUGGAUUUAGUUUGGGCUAUGUUGACUGGAUUUGGCACGAAGAUAAUGCUGCUAGGGGUACUAGGUCAUCCGUAGGCAGUACACAUCAUCCCGCUUCGGACCAAAACAGGGAGCAUUUUGCUGCAUCUGAAACCGUUGAGGUCUGUGAAGCGGCGUUUAAUGCGAGUGAGUACGAUGAGGAUUCUUAUGAUUUUAGGAGGUUUGUGGUUGAUGCCGAACAACCAUUGUUUGAGGGCAGCGAGUGCACCAAGUUAGAGUCGAUGAUAAAAUUGCAUAAUUGGAAAGCUAGGUUCGGGAUUAGCGAUACUGCCUUCACUGAGCUGCUGUCUUCAGUUGGCUCUUUCCUUCCGAAAGAUCACGUACUGCCUCCUAACUCAUAUGAAGCGAAGAAAACUUUAUCCGAUUUAGGCCUUGAGUACAUUAAAAUCCACGCCUGCCCGAAUGACUGUGUACUGUACAGGGGCAUACAUUCUGAUGCCUCUGAGUGUCCUAAUUGCAAGUUGUCUCGCUGGAAAGUAGGGAAGAAUGGUGAACUUAGGAUUAAAGUUCCAGCCAAAAUCAUGUGGUAUUUUCCAAUCAUUCCGAGAUUUAAACGGUUGUUUAAAUCUCCUUCUACUGCAGCACUCAUGACUUGGCAUGCAAACCAGCGCAUAAUUGAUGACAAAAUGCGACAUCCGGCAGACUCUCCGGCUUGGAAGAAUAUCGAUUACCGCUGGCCAGCUUUUGGCAAUGAACCUAGAAAUCUUAGGUUGGCUUUAUCAGCGGAUGGUAUAAACCCACAUACUAAUGGGUUAACAAAUCGGUAUACGUGCUGGCCAGUAGUGUUGGUAACAUACAAUCUUCCUCCAUGGCUUUGCAUGAAAAGAAAGUUCAUGAUGUUGACGGUUUUAGUUCCUGGUCCACAUGAGCCGGGAAAUAACAUCGACAUCUAUUUACAACCGCUAAUAGAUGAUUUGAUAAAACUGUGGGAAGAAGGUGAAGAGAACGUUUAUGACGCGUAUACUAAAAGUUAUUUCACUCUAAAAGCAGUUUUAUUGUGGACUAUAAAUGAUUUUCCCGCGUAUGGAAACCUGUCAGGAUGCGUAAAUAAGGGUUAUAAGAGCUGUCCAAUUUGUGGUGACGAUACUGUGGCCAAAUAUCUAAGUCACAGCAGGAAGAUGUGCUUCCAAGGGCACCGCCGAUAUUUGGCUAAGCAUCACCCUUAUAGGAAACAGAAGGCGGCCUUUAACGGACAGCAAGAGUUGGGGAAGCCACGUCAACAGCUUUGUGGAGAAGAAGUAUUAUUGCAGCAGGAGAGAAUUGAUUUUUGUUUCGGAAAAGAAUUGAAGAAGUCAAAGAAGGUUGAAUGCCCUUGGAAGAAAAAAUCUGUAUUUUUCGAGUUAGAAUAUUGGAAAUAUCAUCAUGUUCGCCACUGUCUCGAUAUUAUGCACAUUGAGAAAAAUGUGUGCGAUAAUCUUCUUGGGACUUUAUUAAAUAUGCGAAAGUCAAAAGAUAGUGAGGCGGCCCGGCGUGAUAUGGUUGAUAUGGGUGUUAGACAUGAUUUGGCUCCACAAGUAGGAGAAAAGAAAACGUAUCUGCCUCCCUCCCCUUUCACUUUGUCAAAGGCAGAAAAAAAAAAGGUCCUGAACUCAUUGUUGUGUAUGAAACUUCCAUCUGGACACGGAUCAAAUAUCAAAAAUUGUGUGUCCAUGUCGGAUUGUAAGAUAUACGGGCUUAAAUCACAUGAUUGCCACAUCCUCAUCCAACAACUUCUUCCUGUUGCAAUUCGUUCCGUACUUCCGAAAAAUGUUAGGGUCACAAUCAUACGACUGUGUUUCUUUUUCAACGCUUUGUGCAGCAAAGUGGUUGAUUUAUCAAAACUUGAUAAAUUGCAGUCAGAUGUGAUACUAACCUUGUGUGAUCUAGAAAAGAUAUUCCCUGCCUCAUUUUUUGAUGUAAUGGUACAUCUCGUAGUCCACUUGGUCCAAGAAUUGCGUUUAUGUGGACCUGUCUUCUAUCGAUGGAUGUAUGCAUUCGAACGAUUCAAUAAAGUGCUAAAGAGCUAUGUGCGAAACCGAUAUGCUCCGGAGGGUUGUAUGGCAGAAAGUUACUUUAAAGAAGAAUCGGUUGAAUUUUGCACCGAAUUUCUUAGGCAGCAGUACACAACUGCCGGUCUCCCAGUUGAGCAAGGAAAGCAAUCUGGUGCGUUAUCAGCGGCAAUUGUAAAGGUGGUAGAAGAAAAAGAGCGAGAUGAGGCGCAUCUACAUGUCCUACAAAACAAUGCCGAAGUAUACCCCUAUAUAAUAAUGCACAAGGAGUCUUUGGAAGAAUUGUACCGAGGGAAGAAGAAAAGUGUUCAUUGGCUCAUGGGAGAACACAAUCGGCUAUUUGCUGAUUGGUUUCAGAAAAAAGUGUGUAGUGAAAUGAGUGAGAACAGAGAUGGCGUUUCAGAGACGCUGAGAUGGCUCGCUGGAAAACCUUCUUUUUCUGUUUUAACCUAUCAGGGUUAUUCAGUGAAUGGAGUCCGAUACUUCACCAAGGACAGAGAUGAUGCACGAGUUGUUCAAAACAGCGGGGUCUCGGUAGUUGCUAAGGCAGUACAAGUGUGUAGUGCGAAGGACUUGAACCCCGUUGAGAGUGAUAUGACCUUUUAUGGCAUAAUCUUGGAAGUAUGGGAGUUGGAUUACCAUAAUUUUAAAGCCCCAUUAUUCUUAUGUAAAUGGGCAGAGAAUGAUAAAGGCAUAAAGAUUGAUGACCUAGGCUUCACACUUGUGGAUUUCAAUCGACAAGGCCAUAAGAAGGACAAGUACAUCUCUGUUGACCAAGUUCAUCAGGUUUUUUAUAUAGAAGAUCCAGUUGAUCCUGCUUGGUCAAUUGUACUAACUGCAACAACUCGAGACUAUCAAGAUCUUUAUAAUGACGAUGAUUUGGGUGACACCAUCAUGGAACAUCCCCCCUUCUGUUGUAACAUCCCUCCCUGUGAUGUGACUACUGACGAUGUUGCGCAUAGUGUUAGGCCUAAUGUUGAGGGAACUUGGGUUAAAAACUGA